UGUGUUGUUUUUAAAGGUUCUUCCAGAGAGGUUUUUCAUUUUCUUCAACACACAAAAACUAGCUCGCUGCAUAAAGAAAUCUCAAAAUGCCAGCGGUUGUUAAGCACGUCACCCUAAAGUUUAUCAAGAGUAUCAUGGUGGAAUUCUGCCCGUGGGAAGCAAAUGCUCAAUCUGCAAGGCAAUUCCUGAGCCGUGUUCGAAGUGGCCCCGUCAUCAAUACCAAUCCAAAAUGCCUAGUGAAGUCAAAGGUCAAACAUGACGGUUCUGAUCCUGCAAUCACCGUGCUGUUUGACGAUGGUAAACAAGUGCUCUUCAAAAGCAGCUGUCUCUCAUCAAUAGAAGUACUACAGAGGUUGGGUUCCUUCAACAAACAACGAGAAAAGGCAGAGUUAUCAUCCACAGAGAGUUAACCCUUAGUAAGGCACCAAACCAAACUGAAACUAUUGUGGAACAUCUUGGAGGUUAGGCCAAAGGACCUUGAAUGCAUUGAUGUCAUCGCACCGUCGUCUUAAUAUAACUAGUGUAAAUUGAUGAUGAAACAAUAGAAUAUGUGCAGGAUACACGAGGUGAACAGGAUGGGCCAAUGAGUGACCUGCUUUUGACUUCUAGCUACAGUUACAGGCUGACGACUUUGGCUAUGAGUAAUAAUAACAGCCAUAGCCAGUAUUGCUACACCAACUACCACUAUUUUGACAAUUUUGUAGCAACCAUUGGACGAUUUGCACAAAUGAUCAUACGAAAAGUCGGUCUGGUUCAUGGCUUACAGAGAGCGCCCUUUAUCAGUGGACGUGUAUGACAACGCAGAAUGUCUUGUGUACCAAGACAACCAUUACCUCUGCGAAGCCCUGGUUGGGUGCAAUGUCUAACAAAGACACUAGGGGUUAGUUUUAAGAAGCCCUGUGAACUCAAAAUUGCAUUAUAUGUCCAGUCAUAGUGUUCCGAUAAGUUGAACUGUUACAAAAACAACAUUUUGAACAAAAGAACACUGAGAAAAACAUUUCAAUUCUUUCGUAUUUUGACAGAUUUUUAAUCACUCACAGAAUAGAUGAAUAAUUCAAGUAACCCUCCUACUCUUGGUGGCAUAUUUUAUCACCGAGUUGACCAUUCUAGAACCAUAAUCUAAUUCCAUCUGUAGAUCUGCUUUGAUUAUUGAGGCACAAACAUUUACUAUGCACCAAACCCUUUUGCUUACAUAUACUUGAAAAGGGUUAGCCAGAGCCUAAGCCGAAGAUCGGGAAAGGCCCCAGCUAAAAUGUUAUGUUCUGUGCGCAGUUUGUGACUGGUUCCCUGCGAAUACUGGGUCAGCCUGACCUUUGGGCCAGGACAGCCUGCCCGGGUCAAUUUACCCUGGGAACCUUAUGGCUCAUAUGUACAUGUGCAUUUAAUUUGUGUACCAACCAAGUAGAUCCUUGUCGUUUGAUUGGAGGAUUUUUGGUCAUGUGGCAUUUGUUAAAAUCAAACGAGGCCUACUCCAAAUACCAUGGAUUUUGGUAGGCGAAUAUUCACAGAACAAAUAAUGGCUGUUUGUGUUUAGUUUGGCAUUCCGCAAUGGACCGAAAACAAAAUUGACACCAUUUUGUUUAAACCAAAACCUAUGCUAAAAUUUAGAUGAGAUUACAGAUGGAAUGGUGGAUAUAAAAAUAUCAAGAAAGAACUUCUAAAGUUAAAAUCAAUGAUGGUUUUAUACAUUUUAUGUGAAAUUGUUACAAAAUACUCCAAGUUCAUGUUUGACUGUUGCAAUAAAAUACCAUUGUGAAGAUAA